UGAAAUGACUCCGAGAGAUAAAGAAAAGACCAGAGAGAGAGGAGGGCGAGAGCAAGGGAGAGAGAUUCCAGCAUAAAGAGACUGGAGCCUUCUGAGUGCAACUGUUAGUGAGACAGCAGUCUUCACAUCCAGUCUACCCAACUGGCCAGCGGUACGUCGAGAGAGAUCAGCGCCCGGAGUCUGACAGCGGACAGUCCCUGUCUUUACAGCUUCAUCUCUGGACAUUUGGCUACAGUGAACAAGCAAGGACUGGCAGCAAGAAAACAAAAACACACAGAGAAAGCUGGAGAGGCAUGAGAUGCGGGGGAUUCCUGAGGGUCUUCCCUCCCAUCUUGUGUCUCACUGAUCGGGAUCCCUCUCGUUUCCUGUAGGAUUCACAACCAGAGGCUGUCUCUGAAAGGCCAUAAAUCAGAAUUUGGAAAGAGGGGGAAGAGAUCUCCACGUCUUGACGCAGAAGAUGAGGGACUGGGGGGCCGGGCGAUUGGGUGCUCUGCAGAGAAAUGAGAGGGAAGGACAGUGAGGCAGAACCGAAGAGGUGGGAGAAGGAAAGGACCGCAGAGCCAGAGCCAAGAGGGUAAUUGAAUCUCUUGAACGGGAAUGGGGAUCUAGACGACGGAGGGGUGGGGGGUUACAAACAGAGAGAGGGGCAGGAGGUUCAUCCACAGACGCGCAGCGACAGACGGAGACCCGGCGCCCAGCUGCUCGACUGGACCCGUCUCCCUGGGAGAUGCAGGGAGUGCGCCUUCGUGGCACCCUAGGGGCAGCGGCGUGGGGCACGUGUGGACGGGCAGAGCGCAGAUCCCUGCCCCCGGACUGCUGGCAUCUCCGCUGGCUGCUGCUGCCCCUGCUCGGCGCCCUGCUGCUGUCGGAGGGCCGGGCAGAGAGGGCGACGACUGAGGAGGUGCUGGGAGAGACCGCCACCCAGAUCAGCCUCAACAGCCCGGAGUCCGAGUCCCCUGAGGUGGGCUACAUCAACCCACGCAGCUCCUGGAUGGUCUUCAAGCAGAACUCCGACAAAGGGGUAAACGGGAAGGGGAGACAUACUGAGAGGAGAAAACUGAAGCAUGGUUUGCCCGGCCCCCCAGGGCCACCGGGCCCCCCAGGGCCCCCCGGCCUUCCAGCGCCUCCCCUGGCCCAGGAGGACCUGCUGCGGGAGUUCAAGCUCAUGCUGAAAGAAGCGGCUGCCAAUCGCGGUGCCCUGGAGCUGAUCGUGCGGUGCCCCCUGUGCGACCCCCAGGUGGGGCUGUCCUCCAGCCUGGCAGAAUCGUACCCGCGCGUGGGCACGGCCUUCCACUGCCGCCUGCGGGGCAGCCUGCCCGUGCGCCGCCGCAGCCUGCUGGAGCUGCAGCCGUUCGCCAGUCCCCCCGAUGAGGAGAGUCAGUUCCAGCGCGGGCAGGGAUUCAACGCCAGCACAGGCCGCUACACCGCGCCCGUCUCUGGGUUCUACCAGCUCACUGCCACCCUGCUCAUAGAGCCCAGCGAGUCUCAGAGAAAGGCGCAGGCCAGGCCGCGGGACAGCGUCCGGGCCUCCAUCUGCAUUGAGUCCCUGUGCCAGAGCAACAUGUCCUUAGAAGCAGUCGCAGGACUGGGGUCUGCAGGGAGCCCGUUCUCUGUGCUCGUCACAGGCACCUUGUAUCUACAGGCAGGGGAGUAUGUGUCUGUCUUUGUGGACAACAGCUCUGGCUCGGCCUUCACAGUCCAGAAGGGAUCACUGUUCUCUGGGAUUUUGUUGGGGGUGUAAUUCCUGUUCAUUAAUUCUCCCUCCUUGGAGCCCCACAAACUCGUGUUUUUUUUUCUUAUUUAUAUUGCUUUGCUUGUUGUACUUCUUUAUUAUGGACAGACGUACAAUCUUCAUCAUGCUUUGUUUCUGUGCUCGCCACGUUAACCCCUAACGAGGGACCUUUCGGGGACAAUCUGGGUUUUUUUUGUAUAUACUGACAUACCAAUAUAAGGAUUGGUCACCAUUGAAGGAGACUGCUCGUAUCCAGCGGAUUUUUUUCUGUCCACACAGCUGGGGAUUCUGUAUCCAUGACUCUUGACUCUUGAAUCAACAGGAGCAAAUUCUGCCCAACCUCUCAUUUCCACAGCAAGAUUUUCCUGGGAUUAUCCUGAACUUCUGAGAUCCUGGUUUAGGCAAACAUAGAAGUAAAAAGCCGUGUCCAGAAGGAAACUAGAACUGCAACAAUGACGCUUUCUGCCAUUUGAACGCAAGAGCAGACGUCAGAAACCUACAGUGAUUAUCAUAGAUGUUGAUCUGCAUGGAUAAUAAUGUGACAAAUGGCACUUCGGCACUGCCUGUUCGGAAACGAAAUGGGUCAAGAAGUCCGACUUCUUGGGAACUGCCGGCAAUGAUGGGAAACAUCUAGAAACAGAAGGUGGAGUAGUUGCCAGCUGGAGAGACACUCAGCUCUUGUGAAUUCCCUCAAGGUUUCGGGUGGAGCUGCGCCCUCUGAGCUGACUCGCGUCUGCGUCCCAGCGCUCUGGCCCGUCGCCAAGGCAAUCCCCUCCAGCUUUGGGCGCUGACUGGGUGCGUGUCUGCCUGGUCAGGCCUGCUGUUAAGUUAUGUUUGUAAAUAUAUGGAAAAGGCUUUAAAAUUAAAGUAUAAAAAGAUGUAUUUUUUCAAAUCCUGCACUGAUCCAAUAAUUAAGCAUCUAACAAGCCAAAUAAAGAGCCUAUAUUUAUUGCUUUCUGAUAUGUAUCUGCCGCCACAUGGUAUAUUUAGCUCGUUAAGUGUUUCUGUGUUUUAUUGCAGAUAAACACGUGCAACAUUA